UAACCAAUGCACAAAUCAUAAAAAAAUAAAAGAUUAACGUUGUCUUUGCCUAUGUUCUGAUUGUGUGGGCAAGACAGAUGUUUGAGUAGGCUCAACCCAACCCUGCCCAUGCCUAGAUCCGGCCCGGGUAUUACUGCAUCUUUUUGCCAUAUGGUUUAAUUACCUACCUUUGUCUGACUUCCUUCCUGCUAUUUUAAAUUUUCUGAAACACCCUUUUACACUAGUCUUGGCCUGAUCAGAUCAACAUAAAAUAUGAAAUGUAGCAAAUAUGAAAUGUAGGAGUUUGAGGACAAAAACCUACAAAAACAAUUUUUAUUGGCCAAAUGAUUUGACCACUACAGUUCAAUGAAUCAAUUUUAAGCCAAUGCAUGUACGUAAAGCGCAGUAUCUUCUGAAUGCAAGGUCAAAUGUCUACUCACUUUACAAUGCAUAGUCAGUAAGACACUCUCUGGCCAAGCUGACAUUUGUAAACAAUAUGGCUGCCACUUCUCAAUCAAUACUAAUGAGGUGGAGACUUAUUUAUUCAAACUAUUGUAACUCAUGAGUGCUUGCAUGUAUUCACACGAAACAUGACAGGCUUAUACAGGAUUGUGAGGUCACACAUUGCAGGCAGAGAUAAGGUCAGAUAACUGUUUCUGAGGAACCAUAAGUCCUAUUGAGUUAAAAAUUUGGUAUGUUGCAUCUAUCUGCUAAUCUGUAAGUGGGUAAGUGGGUGUUGACCUAAAUUAUUAAAAAAACAUGGCUGCCAUCAGCCAAUCAACUUUCAGCAGACAUUUGAUAGAAUUGAGCUAAAAUCAUGAAACGUGAAUACAAUCUCACUCAAAUUGGCCAGUGGAGGCGCUGUUCAUAAUUUUACACACAAAAAAGCAUAUCUCUUGGAAAAUAAGGUGUAGAAAGAAAUUUCUUCUUUAACUUGAUUCUAUUGCUGAAACUAUAGAAAAUUGCCUUUUGGCCCAAUUAGCCACUUCCACUCAAAUUUAUGAUAGUUUGCAUAAUAUGCUAAACUUACUUUUGCAAACUAGAUCUAGGAUUUUUGACCAGUCUUCACAAUAUCAAUGUCAUACUACUCAGGAGAGUGUGAACAAGUUCAUCAGCCAUUAUCAGCCAUUCUCGGGGUUUAUCAGCAUUUGCCAUCGUUUAUAGGCUUUUAUCAGCAUUUAUCAGCGUUGAUCAAAAUUUAUCAGCGUUUAACAGUGUUUAUAGGCCAUUAUCUGCGUUUAUCUGCCAUUAUCGGGAUUAACCAGUGUUUAUCAUCCAUUAUCUGCAUUUAUCGGCCAUUAUUGGCAUUUACCAGCGUUUAUCAGAAAUUAUCAAUGUUCAUCGGUUAUUAUCAGGGUUUAGCAGCCUUUGUCAGUAUUUAUCAGCCAUUCUUGGCAUUUAUCAGCGUUUACCAGUGUUUACUGUCGGCCAUUAUCAUCAUUUUCCAGCGUUUACCGGCAUUUAUCAGCAUUAACUGGAGUUUACCAGCGUUUAUCAGCCAUCAUCAGCAUUUAUUGGCAUUUACCAGUGUUUAUCAGAGUUUAUCAGCCAUUAUCAGCAUUUAUCAGCAUUUACCAGCCGUUAUCAGCAUUUAAUGGUAUUUCCCAGCAUUUAUCAGCCUUUAUCAGCAUUUACCAAUAUUUACCAGCAUUUACCAGCCAUUAUCAGCAUUUGACGUGUUUACCAAUAUUUAUCAGCCUUUAUUGGCGUUUAUUGGAGAUUAUUAGCAUUUAUUGGUCAUUAUCAGUGUUUAGCAGCCUUUAUCAGCGUUUAUUGGCCAUUAUCAGCCAUUUUAAGUGUUUACUGGUGUUUAUCAGCGUUAACUGGUGUUUACCAGAGUUUAUCAGCCAUUAUCAGCGUCUUCUAGCAUUUAUCAGCCAUUAUCAGCAUGUAUCAGUGCUUAUCGGCCGUUAUCAAUGUUUUCCAGUAUUUAUCGGCCUUUAUCAGCAUUUAUUUGCUGUCAUCGGCGUUUGCUGUCAUCGGUGUUUACCAGCGUUUAUCAGGAAUUUGUAUAUCAAAUUUCAAUAUUUCCAUAUUUCAAAUUUCGAAUAUCGAGUCUAUAUCGGCAGUAUUAGUGUUUGUCAGCGUUUUCUAGCCAUUAUCUGCAUAUUACCAGUGUUUACCUGUGUUUUUCAGCCAUUAUCAGCACUUGUCAGCAUUUACCAGCCGUUAUCAGCAUUUAAUGGUGUUCACCAGCAUUUAUCAGCCUUUAUCAGCCUUUAUCAGUGUUUACCAGCAUUUACCAGCCAUUAUCAGCGUUUGACAGCGUUUACCAGUGUUUAUCAGACUUUAUUGGCUUUAUCAGAAAUUAUCAGCAUAUAUCGGCCGUUAUUAGCAUUUGUCAGCAUUUACCGGCCAUUACCAGCUUUUAUUGGGCAUUAUUGGCAUUUGUCAGUGUUUCCCAAAUGAGCGUUUACCAGUGUUUAUAAACCAUAAUCAGCAUUUAAUAGCGUUUACCAGCCAUUAUCAGCAUUUAUAGUGUUUACCCACCAUUAUCAGCACACUGAAAGCUUUUGUCAGCCAUUAUCAGCAUUUUCCAGCCAUUAUCACUGUAUUACCAGCAUUUACCAGUGUUUAUCAGCCAUUAUCAGCAUUUAUCAGUGUUUAUAAAUUUAGUUAGAAUGCGUAAAGUUUGGUAGUGUUUGUUACCUCUUCUUGUUCAGUUAGUAUUACCAGUUCCCUCUCAACCCUACUUAAACUCACUCUUGACGAGGCUGCGGACAUGUGCCUCAAACCUAUCUCUGUUAUCACAUCACACAGACCCAGAAGCUCUCAUCCACAAACCAGAGGCCAAACUACUAGUAACCUCAUCUACCCUCCACUGUUGUCUCUGUCUCAAACAGUGGUGGUAGGGGGCUCCAGAACUGCCAGUCUGCCACAGAACUCGGCUAAACUGGCUGCUCUAUCCUCUGCUUAUGCUUUCUUGCACACUCAAUGAGAAACUGGCAGGGGUGGUGGUACAGAUUUGCUGCUGUCUUGGAGAUGGUGGUUCACACCUCUCCUCUCUCAACAUCUCAUCUUUCGAAUUGCAUGCAGUGAUAGUUACCGCUCCGAUCAACCUUCUCAUCGUCAUCUACUGCCCUCCUGGUCCCCUAGGAGAAUUUCUUGAAGAAGUGGACAUGCUCCUCAGUCAUUUCUCUACUGACAGCACCUGUCUCAAUGUGCUCAAAGACUUCAACCUCCCCUCCAACAAGCUCCAGUCCUCUUUUGACUCACAGACGUGGAUCAUACCUCAAAGAGGUGUACAACAUAGACAUGUGACUUAUCAAAAUGCUCAGCUCAAUGAGGAAAAUUGCAUUAUGGGUAUUCUAGUGACAUCAUGUGCAUGUCACUUGCAUAUCACAUGCAUGUGAACAUAGACAUGUGGAUAUAUAAGUGGAUAAUAAGUGUGGCGUCAUGUGCAUGUCACACGCACGUCAUGUGGAAUCACAAAAAUACAACAGACAUUUGACAUAUCAAAAUGUUCGGCUCAGUGAGGAGAAUUGCAUUGUGGGUAUUCUAGUGAUGUCAUGCACAUCACGUGCACAUUAACACCCAAAAUAAGUGGAAUCACAAAAUUGCCACAACAGAGACAUGUGACAUAUCAAAACACUUAAUUCAAUGAGGAGAAUUGCAUUAUAGGUAUUCAGACUGCCAUAGAGCCUCUUAUAUUAAAAACCUGAGUUAAAUAGUCAUUACAGCUACCUAUAUAGAACUAACAAACACUUACACCAGGGAUGGCGAACCCGCGGCUCGCGAGCUGCUUGCGGCUCUUUCACUGCUCUUGUGCGGCUCUUCAAUCCACAUGUUCUGUGUUUACAAUCGCAAUUUAUUUUUAAAAUGUCAAAACUUAAUUUUGCAAUAAAGGGGUAUGUAUUUAAAUGCAUUUGCCGAAUCUAAUUUAGAUUUUUAAUAUGUAUUAUUAUUAUUAUUUUUUUUUUUUUCACAACCUCUCGCGCCAUUUAACAUACGUUAGCCAAUUGACUAACACGAUUGACGUGAAGUUCGUUAGUAUCAAUCGUCAUGGGAAGAGUCAGGGAAGCGUACAGCUAAACGUAAAUACGAAGAUGAGCACAGAACAUUUUUAUCUGAAUGAGGAUUUAUAUUUUUUUGUUGAAAGAAAUGGAAAGCCAUUCUGCUUGAUAUGCCAGACUUCACACAUGCGCCAUUUCACUUCACUCCAUCCUACCGUAGCCCGGGAAUUUCCCAAAGGCAGUGAACUUCGCAAGCACAAGGUAAAGACACUGAAAUGUCAGUCAUAAAAGCAAACUCAGCUUUUCCGAAAAUUUAGCAAGCAUCUGUGAGUAACUUUUUUCGACACUAAAACAAGUGAAAUCAAAGCAUCACUCUGUUCUUACUGACACACAUGUGAAAGAGUUACUACGAGUAGCCACAACUGAAUACAAGCCAGACCUAAAAAAGAUUGUGGAAACCAAGGACUGUCAGGUGUCCCACUGAGUCAAGUAAAAGGAGGUUCGCCACCCCUGACUUACACACAUGUAGCUCCCCGUAAUGACUGGAGUGAUGUCAGAGCAACAGUUUGGGACUCAAUUUGUGUGCAGUGUGGUGGCAUCUCAUGUCAGUCACGUGCCUACUACCAGUCUCAGCUUUGUGUGGAUCGCCCCACCACCUGGCACAGGCUGUAUAAAUUUCUUGGCUACAGCUAUGCAUCGUGGACAGAUAAUUUUUAAGGACACUCUGGCCAAACAGCUAUGUGAACUGGAAGCUCCCACAGAACCUCCACUGCAGCCUAGUUUAGCUGAAAUACAUGGAAUCCAUGCAGUUCUUCGUGAUGAUUUUGACUCUAAUCGGCAAGGAGCACUAGAUGCCAAUAUCUGGUCAAACUGUAGUAACUGUGAAGUGGGGGAGCAGUGUGGUGUGCUCUUGUAUGGUAAAGCAGUCACUUUCUGUGAACCCUUUGGGGAAAGAGAACUGAUCACAGUGGCUCUUAAUACAAGCACUGCCUCAGUACUACAAUUUGCACUGGGCUCUGGAUCCUGCCGUUUCAGUUAUUUAGAUCCCAGCAUAAUUGUCUCCUAUAGACUGAACAAUUCAAGUGGCUGGACCACCUUGGAGAAGAUCAGAGCGCCCACAAACAGCAGUACAGUGGUACAUCUACUUACAGUGCCACCAAGCUGCAAGGGCGAGGCUGUGUACCUGAGGUGGUCCCAGGAGGCUGCAUUGGGGCCUAUUGGCUAUGAGUCUUGCUGGGGACUGGAUAACAUACUGCUGGUCAACAUGGCCCACAAACCCACCUUACUGGAGGAUAACCUUGAUCCUCCUGAUACUGCCAACUGGAUCUUUUUUCCUGGAGCAAUUGUAAAGCAUGCCUGUCAGUCAGAUGGGAGCUCCAUGUAUUUCAAUGGUGGACAGGGAGUAGGACAUAGCUAUGCCUCCACCCGGGACAUUGAUCUCCACCGAGAAGAAGGACACCACUACUGGGAGGAGGACUUUGAGAGCCCACCUAAUGGAUGGAAUAUUGAGGGAGCAGUGUAUGGCACUCAGUGUGGAGAAAUUGAGUCAGGUUCUGCACUAGUGUUCCUUGGGUAUGGAAACAGGAAAGUGUGCACCCCCUACCUGGAUACAACCAUGUACGGCAAUUUACGCUUCCACUUCACUAUGGGUGCAGGAGAAUGCGAUCCAGGGGAGUCACAUGAUAAUGAUGUUAUCCUUUUUGGUCGAUCAGAAGGCAGAAGACAACAUGUUCUGUUAGACACACUUCCAUUUUCAGCCUACAAGACCCCUUCUGUGGUGUCGGUGGCUUUGCCUACAGACCUUCAGACUCCUGUGACUCAGUUCUGUCUGGAACAGAGGUUUCAUGCGGGAGCCAAUCGUCAUGUCUGGGCAAUGGAUUACCUGCAGCUUCUGCCAGUGAUGCCUGGUGUCCACACACAUAUGGCCCAGUUUUCUAUUAAUCUUGGAUGUGGCUCCUACCAGCCUACCAACAGUGUCAAUUUGGAGUUCUCAACCAAUCAGGGUCGAUCCUGGUCCCUUUUGCACAUGGAGUGUCUGCCUGAGUUAUGUUCUGGAUCACAUGUUCCCCACAGCACAAUCUACUCAUCUGACAACUACAAUGGAUGGACAAGGAUUUCUAUACCUCUUCCCAAUGCUGCCCUCACAGAGAGCACUCAGUUUCGCUGGAUACAGACUGGAAUUGGAAUUGGCAAUAUGUGGGCCAUCGACAAUGUAUAUAUCGGCCCAGCCUGCCUCCGUUUUUGCUCAGGGAGAGGACAAUGCUCACGCAGUGGAUGCAAGUGUGACUCAGGUUUCAGCGGGCAAGCUUGUGAGCUAGCUACUCAGACUUUUCCUGCAUUUCUGUCAGAGGGAUUUUCUAGUCCAAGGCUCUCCUCUUACCACAGUUUCUCCUCUCUGCAUGGGGCAGAGGUCAGCUUUGGCUGUGGGGUUUUAGCCAGUGGGAAGGCCUUGGUCUUCAACAAAGACAGCAGGAGACAUUUGGUUACUGCUCUACUAGAUGGCUCUCAGGCCAGGUACCUGCAGUUCACUCUGAGGUUGGGCAGCCGUAGUACCCUUAGUUCCUGCCCUGCCCCAGAUCAGCCUGGGGAGGGAUUGUUACUCCAUUACUCAUCUGAUAAUGGCAUCACCUGGAACCUGCUACAGCAUUACUCUUAUGAAGGCUUCCAUGAGCCCAGGAUUGUGUCAGUAGAGCUCCCACCUGGUGCACAGAAAUUUGGGGUACAGUUCCGCUGGUGGCAGCCACACCACUCGGGCAGUGGACAGGAUGUUUGGGCACUGGAUGAGAUCAGCAUGACAUCUGUGCUCUUUAACACCAUCAGUCUGGACUUCAGCAAUGUGUUGGAUGUCACACAAAGUCUGGGUUUCUACCUGGGACGUGUGCAGCCCUACUGCCAGCAUGAUUGGACUCUCAGUUUCUCUGGAGAAAGUACCCUUGGUUCCAGUAUUCGCUAUGUGGAGACUCAAUCCAUGCAGAUCGGGGCUUCCUACACAUUACAGUUUUCCCUGAUAAUGGGCUGUGGUCACAAGCCUUCACCCCACAUUGACACACGGGUUCGACUGGAGUUCUCUACCAAUCAUGGUUUGACCUGGCACCUAGUAAAACAGAUAUGUCUUCCAGGCAUGCCUAGCUGCCCUGAGUUCACUGCCCCCAGUGUCUACCAUCCUUCUGAGUUCAUUACUUGGAAAAGAAUUACCCUUCCUCUCCAUCAAAAAACAUGGUCUAGUGCCACACGAUUUCGCUGGAUCCAAAACUUCUAUGGUGAGCAAGAUGAGUGGGCCUUAGACAAUAUCUACAUUGGGCAACAGUGUCCCCUAAUGUGCUAUGGACAUGGCUGGUGUGACCAUGGUCACUGUAGGUGUGAUGAUGGCUUUUCUGGUACAGAUUGCCAGCCUACCUCACCGCUGUCCUCCAGUGUCCUGUCAGACUUUGAGUCCCUGGAAGCACUAAGGACCACAUGGCAGGAGGUUAUUGGUGGAGAGGUGAUGACCCCUGACCAGGGUUGUGGUGUUGUAUCAUCUGGAUCUUCUUUAUAUUUUAGCAAGGCUGGACCAAGACAGCUAGUCAGCUUGAACCUGGACACAGAAUGGGCAGAGUUUGUGCAAUUCUACUUGCGUGUGGGUGGUGACUGGGUGGAGUGUAACCAACCUGACAGCAGGGAGGAAGGAGUGCUUCUACAGUAUAGUAACAAUGGUGGCAUUAGCUGGGGUCUAAUCGCAGAACUGUACUUCACUGACUUUACCAAGCCUCGGUUUGUCCAUUAUGAGCUACCGCUGGCUGCUAAGACGCCAUGUACGCAGUUCCGCUGGUGGCAACCCCUUCAUUCGGGUGAGGGUUAUGACCAAUGGGCUAUUGAUGAUGUCAUCAUUCUCUCUGAGAGGGAGAAACAUGUCAUUCCAAUGGCUAAUCCUACUCUUCCACAGAACUUUUAUGAGAAGCCAGCAUUUGAUUACCCACUGAACCAAAUGAGUGUCUGGCUGAUGCUGGGUAAUGAGGGAAUGGACAAGGAACAAAAUGGUAGUUUUUGUGCCCCCACACCUUCAGCCAUGGUAUUUGGAAGAUCAGAUGGGGAUAGAGUAGCUGUGACCCGAGACAUUGCCCUCCGGCCUGGCUACACAUUGCAGUUCAAGUUGAACAUUGGCUGCAAAUUAGAGUUCAGUGCCUCGGCGCCCGUAAUGCUCCAGUAUUCCCAUGAUGCUGGGCGCACAUGGGCUCUGGUCCGAGAGGGCUGUUUCCCAGGCUCCUCUGGAAUAGCAGGCUGUAAAGGAAGUGGGCAUGAGUUUACAGAGCCCACUGUCUACAAUACAGGAGACUAUGAGCGCUGGACCAGAGUUACAGUUGUAAUUCCACGCAAUGUGGCUGCAAGUAAGACACGUUUUCGCUGGAUCCAAGAAAGCAGUGUCCAUCAGGAUGCUCCUGCAUUUGCCUUGGACAGUGUCUACAUCUCUGAUCCUUGUCCCAAUUAUUGUGGGGGUCAUGGGGACUGCAUAUCUGGAGUCUGCUUCUGUGACAUGGGAAUGGAAGUGGAACAGGACAGUUGUGUGCCCUCUGUGCCCAGCCCCACUGAGCUGUUUGAGGAUUUUGAAGGAAAGUUAAGUCCUCUCUGGCAAGUUAUUAAGGGGGCUCAGAUAGGGGAUGGUUGUGGUACCAUCAGUGAGGGAAAGACCCUCUACUUUGGCAGUUCUGGGCGGCGAGAGGCUCGCACUGUGCCACUGGACACCACCAGCACUCGACUUGUUCAAUUCUACACUCGGAUUGGUGGGAAGAACAUGGGCCCAACCUGCACCAGGCCUCACUCUGGCAAUGAAGGGGUGAUUGUCCAGUACUCCACUAAUAACGGGGUGCAGUGGGAAUCCUUGCGUGAGUUAGAAUUUGGCUCGUUUCUAGAACCACAAGUGGUGACCAUCGAACUGCCUUCUCAAGCAAAGAUGCCUUACACUGUGUUCCGCUGGUGGCAACCCGAACAAGGAAAACACUCGGCCCAGUGGGCAAUUGAUGAUGUUCUGAUUGGUAUGAAUGAUAGCUCCAGAACUGGCUUUCAUGAAAAGUUUGAUGGCACAUCACCCUUAAGGCACAACUGGUUCAGAAUAGUUGGUGGAUUGGUGACAGUUGAUUGUCUGUCCUUGGACACAGCCCUGAUCUUCCACUCUGAUUUAGAAAACAAGGGUCUCCGCUAUGCUGAGAGUUGGGAUUUUGAGGUGUCAGCUUCCUCAUUUCUGCAGUUUGAUCUGUGCAUGGGAUGCAGUAAGGCCGUGACACCAACCCAUGGUGUCCACCUGGAGUUCUCCACUGACUGUGGCCACCACUGGACAUUGGUAACACCUGAAUGUGUACCGCCUGCUAUUGGAUGUGCCAGAUAUACUCAGAGCUCCAUCUAUAGUACUCCCCAGUAUUCCCAGUGGAGGAGGGUCACUGUGUAUCUACCCAGUGCUGCCAAUUCUCCUAGAACAAGGUUCCGCUGGAUCCAGCCUCACUUCACUCCUGGAGCAGACAGCUGGGCUCUGGACAAUGUGCUACUCGCAUCUGGCUGCCCCUGGAUGUGCUCAGGGCAUGGCCUGUGUAACAAUGGACGCUGCAUAUGUGACAGAGAUUAUGGUGGUGUUCAUUGUGUACCCAUGGCUCCUCUGCCAUUUGUACUUAGGGAAGACUUCAAUGAGAAUCUGGAUCCAGAGAUUUGGCCUGAGAUGUAUGGAGCAGAACGUGGCAUGUUGAGUGGAGAGCCUCUUAAAUCAGGCACUGCUCUUAUCUUCAAAGGCGAAGGAUUGCGCAUGCUGGUUUCACAGGAUCUGGACUGCACAAGCAAUCUGUAUAUCCAGUUUUCAUUUAAAUUUAUCACAAAAGGAAUCCCUGAGCGUUCUCACUCCGUGUUGCUGCAGUAUUCAGUGAAUGGAGGCAUUAUCUGGAUACUGUUGCAUGAGUUCUACUUCCCUUCCUCAACUGACACUCUGUUUCUGCAUCUGCCACUGCCUCAGAGUGCUCAGACUAAUGCUACACGCUUCAGACUGUGGCAGCCUUACAAUAAUGGCAAAAAGGAGGAGGUGUGGGUCAUUGAUGAUCUCAUCAUUGAUGGCCACUCUUUGAACAAUUUUCCAAUUCUAUCAGAGAGUUUUGAGAGUGGGCCUCAGGAGUCGAACUGGCUGUUCUACCCAGGGGGCAACAUUGACCACUACUGUCUUUACCAUAAAGCAAGACUGGAGGAUGACUCAGCCAUGGUAUUUAUGUCUAGUGAACUGGGAGAACAUUCCAUCACCACUAGAGAUAUUGAUGUCAAUGAGAACACAAUUAUCCAGUUUGAGAUCAACGUGGGCUGUACAGCAGUAAGCUCUUCAUUACAUUCUGUGCAUCUGGAGUUCUCCCGUGACUUUGGGGCCACAUGGCACCUUGUAGUUCCUUUGUGCACAGGUGGUCCAAUACCCAAUGCUCUUUGUUCAGUUGAACUCCACCCAGCCAGCAUCUACUACCCUGGCACCUUUCGGGGCUGGAGGAGGGAGGUGAUUCACUUUGGAAAACUGCAUCUAUGUGGAUCUGUGCGGUUUCGUUGGUACCAGGGGUUCUAUUUGGUUGGAAUGGCACCUCCAACCUGGGCCUUGGACAAUGUUUACAUUGGUCCUCAGUGUCAAGAUAUGUGCAGUGGCCAUGGGACAUGUGUGAGGGGCACCCGCUGUAAGUGUGACUCCGGUUACUCUGGUCCAGACUGCUCUAUUCCAGAUGUGCCAAAUCCAGACUUCCUGAAAGAAGAAUUUGAAGAUGAUACUUCAGAAGCUGAGAAUUUCAAAGUGGUGAGUGGUGGAAAGCCCUCUAGGAAGUGUGGCAUCAUGGCCAGCGGAAACCACCUGUUCUUUAACGAGGAUGGAUUACGCAUGUUAGAAACUAUAGACAUGGAUCUGUCUAAUGCCAGGUUUGUACAGUUCUUUUUGCGUUUGGGUUGUGGAAAAGCUUCUCCUGACCCACGUUCCCAGCCUGUGCUGCUCCAGUUUUCAGUGAAUGGAGGGUUAUCCUGGAACCUGCUACAGAAAUUCUUCUACACUAAUAGCAGUAAUCAGGCUGAGCUUGUCGCCCUAGAGAUCCCACUGCAAGCCCGCACCAAUGAAACUCGCCUACGUUGGUGGCAGCCAUCAGAAAAUGGAUACUUCCACAGUCCCUGGGUCAUUGAUAAGGUGGUGGUGGGUGGCAGUGCAAGUGGCUGGGGCCCUCUGGAGGAUAACUUCUCCACCACAGAUGAACGUUUGUGGCUUCUUCAUCCUGGUGGCACACGCAUGCCUGUGUGUGGCUCUGAUGGCAAUGCAUUUGCUUUCAUUGAAAAGUCUAACACUCGCUAUGCUGUCACCACUGAUAUCAGUGUAGCACAGGAUGCCUUGAUCCAGUUUGACUUCUCAGCUUCCUGCUCUGUCACCUCUUCCUGCUAUUCGGUGGAAUUAGACUACUCACUUGACCUUGGACUUACUUGGCAACCUCUCUUAAGAGACUGUUUAUCCACAAGUCCUGACUGUUCCUCCUACACCCUUCAAAGGAUGUUAGUGUCAGACACCUACAACAAAUGGGGCAGAAUUACCUUACCCAUCCCAGCCUAUGCCAGGUCUCCAGCCACACGAUUCCGAUGGCUUCAGCAGGCUCCAUUUGACAAGCAGCAAACCUGGGCUUUGGACAACCUUUAUAUUGGAGAUGGUUGUCCUGAAAUGUGCUCUGGUCAUGGUCGUUGCAAGCAUAAUUCAUGUGUGUGUGACCCAGAAUGGGGAGGUGGGUACUGUGAAAAAGCCCUAGUGCCCCUCUUGUCCCAGGUAAAGGACAGCUUUAGUCGUGCCCCCUCCCUCAAUCACUGGCGUCUAUUAACUGGUGGAAAACUGAGUACAGUGUGUGGGGCUGUAGCGUCAGGUACAGCGCUCCACUUUAGUGGGCUCUGUACUCGUCAGCUGGUAACUGUGGAUAUGAACUUGACCAACGCUGAAUUUGUACAGUUCUACUUCAUGUAUGGCUGCAUGGCCCCCCCUACCAGCCGAAACCAGGAUGUCUUCCUGGAGUUCAGCCUAAAUGGAGGCAUCAGCUGGAGUUUACUGACUGAGAUAAUCUAUGACCAAUACAGCAAGCCAGGUUUUGUGAAUGUACUGUUGCCCCCUACUGCCCAGGCAGUGGGAGUGCAGCUCCGCUGGUGGCAGCCACAGCACAAUGGAGCAGAGCGUGCGGACUGGGCACUAGACAAUGUGCUUAUUUCUGGCUCAGAUACACAUGCUCAGAUCUCAGACACAUUUGGUGGAGUUGCACUACCCAGUCACGAGAGAUCUCCAGCUGAUGGAAUACUGACUGGCCACAUUGGGACAGUAAGCCAAGAUGAAAAGAGCAUCAGCAGAAGAGUAAGUGACCACUGGCUCUUCUCAGAGGAUUGCUCUGUACAACAAUUCUGCCUCUCACCAGAUGAGGUAAUGGUAUGUGGCAAAGCAGAUGGCCAAGAGGUGUAUGCUGUUACACGUGACAUCAUCCCAGACAAAGACUGGGUCAUGCAGUUUAAGAUUGCAGUUGGCUGCAAUGUGCCAGAGAGACAUGCCGAACGACAUGUCCAUGUACAAUAUUCAGUAGACUUUGGUGUAUCCUGGAAGUACCUGGUGCCACAGUGCCUUCCAGCUAACUCUCACUGUGGGGGACAAGUGUCCCAGCCCUCUGUCUUCUUUCCUACAGAAGGCUGGAAGAGAGCUGUUUAUCCUCUGCCUGACAGCCUUACAGACACAGCUGUUCGGUUCCGGUUCUACCAAAGACAUUCAGACACACAAUGGGCAGUAGGUAACAUUUACAUUGGACCUGCAUGUGAGAACCACUGCGGAGGUCAUGGCGACUGUCUAGAUCAGCGCUGCCUCUGUGAUCCAGGAUUUUCUGGACAGAACUGUUAUGCUAACUCUGUUUUGAAGGCAACCCUAAAGGAACGUUUUGAAUGGCAGGGGUUCCAUGGUUCACAGUGGCAAAUUUUGGAGGGAGGUCAUCCAUGCACAGACUGUAGAGCACUGGUUGAGGGGAAAGCCCUGUAUUUUAGUGGAGCUAAUACUAGGCAGGCUGUCACCGCUGACCUUGAUCUACGUGGAGCCAAGUUUGUAGAGUACUGGACCAGAAUUGGAAGUGAAGACAAUAUGACUAUAUGCCAUUAUCCAUCUUGUAGAGAAGAAGGUGUAUUACUGGAUUAUUCAUCUGAUGGAGGUAUAUCAUGGACACUCCUUCAUGAGAUGGAUUAUUUGAAGUAUUUGUCAGUAAGGAGAGAUUACAUUCUGUUGCCGGAGGGAGCUCUGACAAAUGCUACACGCUUGCGCUGGUGGCAGCCAUUCAAGGUGUCUUCAGGUUUGGUAACCCCCAAUCCUGACCGUGCUCAGUGGGCCCUAGAUAACAUUCUGGUUGGAGGCUCUGAAAUCAACCCCAGCACCCUCCUGGAUACGUUUGAUGAAGAGGGUAUAUCUCAUGAAGAAAAAUGGAGUUUCUAUCCAAAUGGUGUGCGAACAGCUGGUUUUUGUGGCAAUCCUUCAUUCCAUCUCUACUGGCCCAAUAAAAACCAGGAUGGAACCUACAACAUCUUGGCUACUCAAGAGCUAAUUGUCCAACCAGGAUACAUCUUGCAGUUCAAGAUUGUGGUAGGCUGUGAAGCAGAAAGCUGUGAAGAUCAUCAUCCAGUGCUUCUACAAUACAGAAAAGAUGCCAGGUCAGACCUUUGGCACUUGGUACAGUCUGCAUGUCUCCCCUCUUCGGUGAAUAAUGUGGGGUGUUCUCCUUUCCAGUUCCAUGAAUCCAGCAUCUACAGCCCAGUUAACAGCUUAGUAUGGACCAGAGUUACUUUGCAGCUACCUGAUCAUGUCUCUUCUGGUGCAACACAGUUCCGCUGGAUUCAGAAAGAGGAUGCUGGUGAGCGACAUGGCUGGGGAGUCGAUAAUGUCUACAUUGGCGAAGCUUGUCCAGGUCUUUGCAGUGGACAUGGGUACUGUACCACUGGAGCAGUCUGCCUUUGUGAUGAAGGGCACUAUGGUGAUGAUUGCUCCCUGUGGAACAGUGAUCUUCCCAACUCCAUCAAGGACAACUUUGAGUCUGGGUCUGUGUCUGAGGACAGCUGGAGUGUAAUUCAGGGUGGAGGGGUUAGCAGUGGCUGUGGCCAGCUUUCUCCACAUGCCCAUGGAGACUCCCUGUAUUUUAAUGGCUGCAAAAUGAGACAGGCCAUCUCCAAACCUCUGGACCUUUCCAGGGCCAGCAAGAUCAUGUUUGUGCUACAAAUUGGGAGCAUGUCACAGACAGACAGCUGUAACUCGGCAUUGAACCAGGUUGACACUGCUGAUCGGGCCGUGCUGCUCCAAUACAGUGUCAACAAUGGAGUCAGAUGGCAUGUCAUUGCCCAGCACCAGACUAAAGACUUCAUCAAAGCCCAGAGAGUCUCCUACAACAUUCCGCUUGAAGCCCGUGUGAAAGGGGUGCAGUUGCGAUGGUGGCAGGCACGUCAUGGUGGUACAGGGAAAGACCAGUGGGCUCUGGACCAUGUGGAAGUUGUUCUCUCCCGUAAACAAAACUACAUGAUGAACUCUGCCAGACAGUCUGGUCUACACCACUACUAUAGCAGGAAGAGGAGGACAUUACUACACUUCACCUACUAGAAAGCAGUCACACUGAAACUUACAUUCUUUUCUGAUGAGACUAGUGGAUUUCUGUCAGAGCAACACAGCCCUUUCAAAAUGAGACUGAUCAAAACCUUAACAGGAAGGAGUGAAAGAAAGUUAAAAAAAAAAAGUAGCUAUUUACGUUUCAUGAGCAUGCAGGUUUUAUAAUUUAUUCUAGUGCUAUGAUAUCUCCUAAGGCAUGUCUCACAAAGCAGGAUUUCACACCCAUCUGUUGCCAUCUGUGACAAUAAUGCAAAUGUUAAUAUUAUAUUUGGUUUGACUGAAUAUAUGUGACCAUAAACCUGUAGCCUGUAGAAGUUACUGUAAUGCUUUACCAGUUUUGCUUGACUUGUACACCUGCUGGAGGACGAGGCCACAAGUUCAGAGACUAUGGAGGACUUGAUUGUUUUAGAAUACAGUGCUAUGCAGAAGUCUUAGGCACCCUAUUAUAUGUUUUAUCGCAUCAGUAAAAAAGAGCAAUUUUUAGAUUUUCAAACAUUUUUUCCUCAGAAAAAAAAUAUAUAUAUUGAAAUAUAUUGAUUGAAAUGUAGACUUUCAGAUUUAAUUCAAGGGGUUUAACGAAAAUAUUGCAUUAACUCUUUAGGAAUUACAACCAUUUUUUACAGAGCCCCUCAAUUUUCACAGGCUCAAAAGUAAUUGGACAAUUGACUGAUAAGCAGAUUCAUGGCCAGGUGUGGCCUGUUUCCUUGUUAUUCCAUGACAAACUAAGGAGACAAAAGGUCUGGAGUUGAUUCCAAAUGUUGAAUUUACAUUUGAUAGCUGUUCAUGGGAACUCUCAAUAUGCGGCCAAAAGAUGUUUCAAUGCAAGUGAAGGAGGCCAUCAUUAGGCUGAAAAAAUAAAACAGACCUAUCAUCAAGAUAGCAGAAAAUUUAGUAGUGGCCAAAUCGACAAUUUAGUACAUUCCUAAACAGAAGAAAUGUGCUGGCAAGCUCAGCAACACUAAAGGCCUGGAAGACCAUGGAAGACAACUAAAGUAGAUGAUCACAGAAUUCUUUCCUUGAUGAAGAAGAACCCCUUCACAACAUCUAGCCAAGUCAAGAACACUCUGGAAGAGGUAUGCAUAUCUUUUUCAUAGUUUACAUUCAAGAGAAGCCUUCAUGAAUGCAAAUACCUCAAAAUGCAAGCCACUGGUAACACUCAAGAGCAGAAAGGCCAGAUUAGAUCUGACCAGGUCUGAUGCAAUAUUAACUUGUACCAGAAUGAUGGGAGGAGAAGAGUAUGGAAAAGGAAAGGAAGGGCUCAUGAUGCAAAGCAUACCACAUCAUCUGUCAAACAUGUUGAAGGAGUGUUAUGGCAUGGGCAUGUAUGGCUGCCAUUGGAACUGGGUCACUUGUGUUUAUUGAUGAUGUGACUGCCAAUAGUAGCAGGUAGCAGGAUGAAUUCUGAAGUGUAUAGAGCUAUACUUUCUGCUCAGAUUUAGUCAACUGCUGCCAAACCAAUAGGACAGCGCAUCACAGUACAGAUGGAUAAUGACCCAAAAUGUACCGCAAAAGCAACCCAAGGCAAAGAAAUAAAAUUAAAUGUUAUUAAAUGUCCUAUGACCUCAACCCAAUUGAGCAUGCUUUUCACUAACUGAAGACAAAACUGAGGCAGAAUGCCCCACAAACAAGCAGCAACUGAAGGUGGCUGCAGUAAAGGCCUGGCAAAGCCUCUCAAGGGAGGAAACUCAGCAUUUGAUGAUGAAAAUUUAUGAUUAUGUUAGUUUGUCCAAUUACUUUUCAGCCUGUAAAAUGGAGGGACUCUGUAAAAGAUGGCUGUAAUUCCUAAACGGUUAAUGUUUAAUUAAGGUUAAUUAAGGUUAAGUUUUGUUAAACCCCUCAAACUAAAACAUCUUCAUUGCUUCAUUUCAAAUCCAUUGUGGUGGUGUACAGAGGCAAAAUUAUGAAAACUAUGCCACUGUCCAAAUUUUUAUGGACUGACAUGGACUGACUUAUUGGACUGAGCAUCUCCAAAAUGGCAGGUCUUGUGGGGUGCUUCCAGUAGACAGUGGUUAGUACCUACCAAAAUUGGUCCAAGGAAGGACAACCAGUGAACCGGCAACAGGUGUCAGAACACACAGUGCACCGCAGCUUGCUGCUUGUGAGGCUGCAUAGCUGAAGACCAGUCAGAGUGCCCAUCCUGACCCCUGUACACUGCCAAAAAGUGCCUACAAUGGGUACAUGAGCAUCAGAACUGAACAAUUGAGCAAUGAAAAAAGGUGGCCUGGUCUGAUGAAUCAUGUUUUCGUUUACAUCAUGUGGACUGCCAGAUUUGUGUGUGUCAUGUAGCUGGGGAAGAGAUAGCACCAGGAUGCACUAUGGGAAGAAGGCAAGCUGGUGGAGGCAGUGUGAUGCUCGGGGCAAUGUUCUGCUGGGAAAUCUUGGGUCCUGGCAUUCACGUGGAUGUUACUUUGACAUGUACUAGCUACGUAAACAGUGUCAUAGACCAAGUACACCUCUUCAUGGCAACGGUAUUCCCUAAUGACAGUGGCCUCUUUCAGCAGGAUAAUGCACCCUGCCACACUGCAAAAAUGCUUUGAGAAACAUGACAAAGUGUUCAAGGUGUUGACUUGGCCUCCACAUUCCCCAGAUCUCAAUCCGAUCAAGCAUCUGAUCGGAUCAAGGAGGACCCACCUCACAACUUACAGGACUUAAAGGAUCUGCUGCUAACAUCUUGGUGCCAGAUACCACAGCACACCUUCGGAGGUCAUGUGGAGUCCAUGCCUCGACAGGUCAGAGCUGUUUUGGUGGCACAAGUGGGACCUACACAAUAUUAGGCAGGUGGUGUGUGUGUUUCAAGGGGGGAUAUAUUAGGUAGCAAGUGAACAGUCAUUUCUCAAAAUUGAUGUGUUAGAAGCAGGAAAAAUGGGCAAGCGUAAGGAGCUGAGUAGCUUUGACAAGGGCAAAUUGUGAUGGCUAGAUGACAGGGUCAGCAUUUCUGCAAAAUGGCAGGUCUUAUUGGGUGUUCCUGGUAUGCAGUGGUUAGUGCCUACCAAAGGUGGUCCAAGGAAGGAUAACCAGUGAAGACCAAAGGCUAGCCCAUCUAUUCUGAUCCCACAGAAUCCUGUAGCACAAAUUGCUGAAAUUGGCUGUGAUAGAAAGGUGCAUCGCAGCUUGCUGCGUAUGGGACUGCGUAGCCAUGGACCAGUCAGAGUGCCCAUGUUGAUUGUCUGAAGGUGGCCAUGUUUUUGAAGUAAUUCAGUGAUGAUUAAAUAUCCAGUUGUGAACUAGUCCUAAGAUUUCUGGCCAAUCUUAACAAAUUUGGUAUCAGACUACUCAGGAAAAGGUAAAACUGAAAUAAUGAUCAAAAACUAUCUUUGUACUUUGAGAUACAUGUCAAUCAAUUUUAAUGAGGCGGAGCCAAAUUUGCUCAUACAGUUGUAAGUCAUGAUUGCUUGCAAGGAUUCGAAUUAAACUUGAAAUGCAUACAAAGGACAAGGUUCUAAGAUCAUUUGCAAAGAUUGGAGUGUGGUCUUUGUUUAGCUCAGAACUAUUUCUCAGGACCUGUAAAGCCAAUUAAGCUGAAAUUUUGUACGCUGCAAUGAGGUCCUUAUCUGUAUGGGGAAUUUUGAUGUUGAUUACUUAAAAAACAUGGCCAUCAUUGACCAAUCAGAUUUCAGCAGGCAUUUGACAGGGUUAAAGAACUAUUUUCACAAAGCUUGAAUGGUAAGUUUUGGUAGGGGUCUAUUAGUAUCUGAUGCAAUUACAUUUCUUGGAAAAUAAGGUGUAUAAAGAAAUUUAUUUGUUAGCCAGAUUCUGCUUUUGGACCAUUUAGCCAUUCAAAUGUUUGAUAAUUUGUGUAAGUCAAAUUUAUGUUAAUUUGCAUAAUUUUAUUAAGGUUGCAUUUAAGUAAGAUUGCGUUGGCCAAUUUGAGUAAAACUGCAUUAGAUCGUGCUGAUUGUGCUGAUACAUGCUGAUACGUGCUGAUACAUGAACAUCAAUUACAAGUUUCAUGACAACUAAUUUUAGCUGAAUGUUAACCUUUUCAAAUGCCUGCUGAAAACUGAUUGACUGAAGGCAGUCAUGUUUUUAAGUAAUUAGAAUAAUGACCUCAGAAUAAUGUCCGGUAUAAGUUUUGAGUGAAUCCAUGCAAGCAAUAAUGAGUUACUCUGUUAAACUGUUUGAAUAGAAUUAUGCUAAUUAAUCCUAGGACUUUCACUCACUAACUCACUCACCCACACACACAGCAUUUUAUUCCCCAGGGUCCAAAAGUGUGCCAUCUUCAUCUUUCUAUGUCAGCUGAAGAGAUAUAUGCAUUUUUAGUUAUAGCACCCCCUAUGGGCCCAUUCUUAUGAAAUUUGAGGGGUAACCAGAGUGUCUUACUAGUUCAAAGAAAUAGGACUGCAUUCAGAAGAUAUGGCUCUUACAUACAUGUUUGUUUAAUAGAUUAUUUUAAAAAAAUGCAACCCACCUUUGCAACAGAUUAAAAUGUAAUUCAGAUUGGCUUUACCUGGUUUACUCUAUUCUGAUUGGUUACAUUUACAUGCAGCCUAAUAAUCUGUCAAAUAGAAGAAUAAUAACCAUGUGAACUUGACAUUUGAUUACUUUUUAAUCGAAAUCAGUUGUUAUUUUUGAAUAAAUAUAUGUUUUAUAUCAAAUACUGAAAACAUAUAAUGUUCAAAAAUAGCCUGAAGAAUAACUCACAUGCACUUAUCUCUGCUGAGAACAAACAUGUCCAAACUUUGCACAGAAUCUUGCAGCAUAAGUAGUGAAAUUAACUUUCACUGUAGGACUUAUGAUAUUUGAGAUAUGAGACAAAGCAUGAAAUGCUUUGCUAUAGUGCCACAAUUAGGCUGAUUGGGCUCAUCUCUCUUGCCUGGCUGUAGGGCCUACGGUUUGGUCAGCAUGAUCAGUUUUAGUGGAGGAAGAAGAAGAAGAAGAAGAAGAAAAAUCCUAACAAAAACAAUAGGGUUACAAGCACUAUUUGCCUGGCUCCCCAAUUAUAGCUGCAAGCAGUGAUUUGCAGGGUACAAGCAAACUUCACAAUUAGCUCACCAAUGUGCCCAAGUCAUUCCAUUUCAUGCAGAACAAUAACAAGACAGCAGACGAACAUAGUUAUCAAGUUUUGGGUUUGGCCGAUGGUGGCCAUUUUUUUUUAAAAGUAAUUAGGUCAUCAUCAAAAAUCCAUUUGCAGAUUCAGCUUACCAAAUUUCAGCUUGAUGCGACUUACAUUUCCUGAGAAACAGAUAUCUGAGCGUAACUCAGCGUAACGUCCCUCUGUGUGUAAAUUUCACCGUGCAUCUUAUUUUCCAAGAAAUAUGUUUUGUAAGUCAAAACAUAAAUACCACCCCCCCACACCCCCCGGCCCCCCUGGCCAAUUUGAGUGACAUUGCAGCAGAUAGAAUUGGGUCCCUACCCAAACCUACCACUCAAGUUAUGUGACAUUGUUAACUCUUUCAAAUGCCUGCUGAAAACUGAUGGACCGAUGGCAGCCAUGUUUCUUAAGUAAUUAGGUCAACUUCAGAAAUGCCCUUACAGGAUAAAUAGGCAGAAUCCCAAAGUGCAUAUAGAUAAGAUCUCAUUUAUAUGGAAAUAUUGCAAAAAGGGCAUCAGGGCUUCAUCACUCUAGGAGAUUUAUAUAGAGGAGGUAUAAUGAAAUCCUUUGAUAACCUAUCACAACAAUAUGGCUUCAAUAAAUCUCACAAAUGUAGAUACUGUCAAUUAUGACAAGCACUGAAGCAAUUAUUUAGGCCAUACAUAAGGGCUCCCAGGUCAGCAGAAUCCUGGAAAUAGCUGGGGGAGGACGGGAGGCAUCUAAGUAUUAUAAUCUGAAGAUGAGUGGGGUAGAAAACAAAACUAUGACAGCACUUAAAGGAGUAUCGGAAAGAGAUUUGGGGAUUCAAUUUGAUGACCAAGCCUGGGGAAAAAAAUGUGAUUCUGGAUGCAAGCAUUCCAGAGAUGUAAGAGUAAAGCUGAUACCAUUUAAAAUACUACAGCGGUUUCAUUGGACCCCCAGCAGGUGUUGAGAAUGUAAUGGGAUAUUUCUGUCAAAGAAACCCUGGGGGACAUAGGGGUGUUAUCUGGACUGUUUAUGGCCCACAGAGAGUGGACGGCAACUGCGGUAAUGAUUGGACAACAGAUUCUUCUCAGGAGUUGGAGGAAUCUGGGAAGUCCUGCAUUGGAGAAAUGGAUUAUUGAGUUCAGAAAUGUUGCGGCUUAUGAACAUAUGCCAUACAGGGAUUAUAAGGAAGAAAAAUACCUGUCAAAGUGGGACACAUAUUUCACACAUGGCAAUAUAGAUAAUAAGUUACAAGGGAAUAUGUCCUUGGACAUAUGCUGUACAUAUGUUAUUAGUGGUACAUUGGAAAGGCAAUCAAGAGCCAUGCUUUCCAUAUUACAGAAGUGUUUUAAGUUGUAAGGAUUUCCUCAGAUGGUUUGGAUAGGAGCCUGGGGAAUGGGAUGAGGGGUGUAAGAUAUAUUUUUGUAUUGAUUGUUACAAAGGAGUUGUGUAACUUUUUGGAAAAUAAAAAAUUCAAGUCAUAAAAGAAUGCCUAUACAGAUUAGUACCAAAUUUGUAUGGUACACCGUACCAAAUUUCAGCUUGAUUGGACUCAUGGUUGCUGAUGUUAGCUCUGCCCCUUUAAUGACAGUGCACCAAAGUGUGCACAUGACCUCAGAAUAUCAUCUUAUAUAUGACUUUCAAGUUUCUACUUGAAAAUCCACUUGAGUUACAGCUGUUUAAGUAAAUUAGGCUCUGCCUUGUUAAGAAUUGAUUGACACGUGGUGGCCAUAUUGUUUAAAAAAGUCAACAUUUUUUGAUAGCUAUUGAAGUUCAUACUCUGCUGAAAUACACGGGGAGUGUAUUUUUUAUGUUGAAAAUGUUUAAUUAAUUUUGAAGGCAUCUUUGCUUUACAGCAUUUUUCACAUGUUCCUAAGACUUCUGCAUAGUAUUUUUCAAGUGAAGGCAGGCAAUAACUUCAAAUGUGAAAAGAUGCAAACAAACUUGGCUAGGACACAUGCAAAAGGAUAUAUAUUUAUACAUUACUAUGUUACUGCCUUUCCUUUUAACAACAUUUAGUGGUGUAUUAAUAUAUUUUUCAAAAUUCCUGUUAUGAUACCUUCUCUCUGUGUGGGACGUGAUGUUACACUGGAGCCAACAUAAUCACAGAAUUUCACACAGCUUCAAAUGAGAAAUAGACUUAGUCAUAUGUAUUUACACUCACUGCACACGUUAGGAGCACUAUACUAAUACAGGGUAGGGCCUCCCUUUGAUCUCAAUACAGCCUCUUCGUGGCAUGGAUUCCACAAGAUGCUGGAAACAUUCCUUUGAGAUUCUGGUCAAUGUUGACCAGAAUCUCAAAGGAAUUCAGACCCUUGCAUCACACAAUUCCUGCAGAUUUUUCAGGUGCACUUUCAUGCUGUGAAUCUCCCUUUCUACCACAUCCCAAAGGUGUUCUAUUGGAUUCAGAUCUGGUGACUGGGAAGGCCACUGGAGAACAUUGAACUCGUUCAUGAAACCAGUUUGAAACGAACUCUGCUUUGUGACAUGGUGCAUUAUCAUGUGGGAAGUAGCCUUUAGACAAUGAGUAAAUUGUAGCCAUGAAGGGAUGAAUAUGAUCAGCAUGGUUGGGUCCAUGGAGUCUUGCUGUUGGUGCCAAAUUCAGACCCUACCAUCAGUGUGCCUCAGCAGAAAUCUAGCUUCAUCAGAUCAGCCUAUGGUUUUCAAGUCUUCAACCGUCCGAGCCUGUGCCCACUGAAGCCUCAGCUUUCUGUUCUUGGCUGACAGAAGUGGAACCCUACGUGGUCUUCUGCUGUUGUAGCCCAUCUUGAAAUGCAUUCUGAGAUGCUCUUCUGCUCACCACAAUUGUACAGGGUGGUUAUCUGAGUUACUGUAGCCUUUCUGUCAGCUGACCAGUCUGGCCAUUGUCUGUUGAUCUCUCUCACCAACAAGGCGUCUCCGUCUGCAGAACUGCUGCUUACUGGAUGUCUUUUCUUUAUUGCACCAUUCUGUGUAAACAAAGUGACUGUUGUGCAUGAAAAUCCCAGCACUUAUAGAAAUACUCAAACUAGCCCAUCUGGCACCAACAAUCAUGCCAUGGUCAAAAUCACUGAGAUCACUUUUUUCCAAUUCUUGGUUGAUGUGACAUUGUCUGAAGCUGCAUGAUUUUAUGCAUUGCAUUGCUGCCACAUCAUUGGUUGAUUAGAUAACCGCAUGAAUGAGUAGGUGUACAGGUGUUCCUAAUAAAGUGUUUGGUGAGUGUACAUACAGUUGUAAAGAACAAGCUUACGACACAUCCUCAUAACUACCAAAGGAGGUCAUCAAAGGAGCUACCAGCAGUAGGGUCAGAAUAUCUCCCUAGACACAUACUAUGGAAGUCCACCCAUUAUUGAUAGAGGGCCAGUUUUCUGCCCAAGUACAUUCAUGUGGACUCUCUCCUGUCCUUUUUAGGUUACAUUUUUUUGGGUAUGCUGCAAAAAUAUCAGUUCUUCAUUUCUUUCCAGUAUGCCUAAUCAUGAAAACAGGAAAUAGCAACUACUUUGCAUGAUAAUUUAUUAUUAUGACUUGAUCUGCACUCAAGAUAUUAUUCUCAGGAAUAAUGAAGGAAAAGUCAAUGCAUUAUUCUGUGGUCACUCUAAUAUGGCAGUGGUAAUUAAAAUUAACUGAUGCAGACACAGUCUGCAAUAUAACUAUUGCAUUUCACUUUGUCAAAUUUGUAAUGUAUAGUUUUCAGAUUUUUCUCAUUAGUAGGUUGACACCUUAGUAACCAGACAACUUUAUUCUUCUUUAAUAUCUUAUUGCCACAAUUCAACUGUUCAGCAAGGCUGAUAAGCUGAGACAUUCAGCUCUACUCUAAGUUGCUUUGGCAAGAAAACAUUUGGAAAAUUAAUUAUUGUGAAUAAUUGUGUCAACAAUCUUGUAAUCUUUUUAAGUAUAUGGACCAAAAUAACUUUUACAGCUUUUAAAAUAACGUAGUUUCUAAAAAAACAGUUUUCAGAUGUUCUACAGUUUUAAGCUUUUUUUUUUCUCAAGAAAACUGUGAAUCUAUUCUUAAACUUUACUAAUUAUUGCAUUUUUUCCUCUACCAAAGUAAGUUGCACAAGACUUUUUCAUGCUUCAGGCAUUUGUUUGUCACAAACACCUCACUUCUAUAUGCACACAAAUGCAUUAAUUAUAGCCUUAUAAUUAUCUAUACAAAUGCAAUCAUAGCUGACUUGUCUCAUGAGUUAUAGCAGAUCGACUUGUGAGACACGUCAACCAUGAUUAUAUUGUUAGGGUUUUUUUUUUUUUUUUUUUUUUUUUAAAUCUGAUGUGUAGUCAGAAAGCCAGGGUUUUAUUUUUAAAUCUGAUGUGUAGUCAGAAAUGCAGGAUAUAUUGAACCUGCUUCAUGAGACAGGCCUCCUUGAGUCAAUCCUACAUCCUUUAAGUAUGUACCAAAUUGUAAAAUCUACUCAAGGAAGUAGGAGAUAGGACAGUUUGUAGAUAAAGUACACAGGUGUUUCCUAUAAGUCUUUAUUAUUUUGGCACAUGAUGUAAUCUUAUGGUAAUAUGACCCUACAUCUCCCAAAAAAACUAAUUUCAAUAAAUAAUACAAUAAUAAGAAAUGGGAAUGAAUAAAAUCAUUGGACGACAGUCAGUAAAAAUAAUUCUUGCUUUAAAAAUGAAGUUGAUUGUGUUAAUAAAUUUGAGUAGAGUCUUGUUUAGGCUAAAGCAAACACUUAAGCAUGUGAAAUAAUGUUUUAAUUGAGGUUAAUUCUUUGUGUAGGCCUAAUCUCUGUUUUGUAUAUGCAGAUAAGUUAUACAGUUAAUAAGGCUAGGUAACGUAAUUAAUAAGCGAAUUUACUUUUAGUGAGCAAGAACAUCGCAUUUGGCAAAUAUGUUCGUGCCUGAUUCCUCCUGCCCUUGUAUAUUUUGCUUGCAUUCUUUCCUUAAUUCAUUAGAGGGAGAAUCUAAGAAGCAAGGAAAAGAAACAUGAAAGUGCAAUUAAAAAAAUAAUCAUCCAGAGAUGUCAGACAUCAGUCGUGGAUUUGUUUUCUCUCUCUUGUAAUAAACUAAAUUCAGCCUAUUUAUGUAAUUACCACACUGUGAUGUUCUACCAGAUCAGUGAUGGUCAUGAUGAUUUGUGCUGAUAAUGGAAUCAAGGAUAUAGUGGAGUGCACAUGAGCCUAUGCAGAGAGGAAUAUUAAAUCUCUAAUCGUUUCCAAGAUGAAGUGAAUAAUGCAUAACAGUGAUUAUGAUUAUGUCCUUGCUGUUUUGUGUCUAUGAAUUCUAUUUGUGAUGAUUUGAUGUGGUGCUCUGUUCAUUCAUUUUAAACCAAUAUCAUGAUGUAUUUAUUUGUGAGUAUGAAUGCAAAGAAACAAAAUAAGGCCACAAAACUCAGAUGUUUAUGGUAAAUGGUACUCCAUGUAACCUAUUUAAAAUGCACACUGUAAGCAGUGGGAAUGUGUGAUAUAUGUAUGGUUUUUCAUUGUGUUUAGAGAAAACUACCAUACCCACCUUAACCCCUUGUGAUGUCCUCCCACUCUAUAACUGUUCCUACUGAGAAUCAUAUUUGGACAGAAGUGAAGGUUAAGCAGCAUUCACAAGGAACACUAUCCAUAAAAUAAAAUGCACCACUACCAUCAAUUUCAAUGAGAAUGAUGCAUUAAGAGACUGCUCACACCAACACAUGCCACUGUGUAAAAAUUAUACUCUGCAGUCUGUUAAAAAGGUUCACUAUAGUUGAACUUAUGGCAGAAUAUACACAAAUGUACACAGUAAGGGGAAAUAAGUAUUCAGACACAUAUUUUUUUCAAGUAUUUUGUUUUUGUUAUUUAAUAUAUAUCCAGCGCAUACAUCCACUUCAUGUUUACACAUAUAAUAUAUUGUACUUCUAAAUAUGGACAAAAAUCAUGCAUUCAUAAGCAUAAAGAUAUGUUUAAAAAACAUUAUAAGGGAAAACGUAUUUGGACACUAUAUUUUAAAAGAAAUUAAAUAUGUAUACAAAGUGGGGUCCAAAAGUCUGAAGCACAUUGAAAAACCAAAGAAAACAAAGAAAGCAAAUAAUAUCUUGAAAGUUUAGCAUCUUGAAUAUUUAAUAUUCAAUAUUCUGCACUAUUUCUAGGUUCCAUUUAAUAUGAGCAAAUUUGUGAUAUUGACAAAAGGUCAGAUUUUCCUCUUGCCUAAUCUUGUCUAUUGAAGCAUGUUUUCAGAUGACGUGGCAAUGGAUUUGAUCUAAAAUGGAUCAUAAGGUUUUGCUCAAACUUUUGGAUUCCAUGGCAGCUCGACUGCACACUGUCAUUAAAGCAGAAAGGGGAUAUACAAAGUCAAAAGACUUUGUAUGUAAAUUGUAUGUAUGACUUUUGUGUGUAAAUUUGAAGUGGAUAUAUACACUGAAAGUAUAUUAAAUAACAGAAGUGUCUGAAUACUUAUUUCCCUUCACUGUAUGUCAUUCAUUUUGGUUUUGAGGAAAAUGAAACAGAAAUAAAUAAGGUUGUCAGCCUAUAAUCAAA